AUGAAAGUGAUAACUCGCCUUCACGUCAAUUCGAGACAAUAAGCGUCGUUACAAAGCGUCAUUUCCCGCAUAUUUUAGUCAAAUUUACCUUGAAUUUCGUGCAUUAAACACUUAAAUUUAUCAUCUGAGAUCAAAGUCGAGAAGAUGUCGGAAAAUACGCAAGCGGGUCGCAUUGGUGCCUUCAAAACGUUGCAAAACAAGGGAAGUCAGGAGCUUUUGAGGCAACGGAGACACGAUGUUACCGUCGAAUUGCGCAAAAACAAAAAAGACGACCAACUUUUCAAGCGACGAAACAUUCAUACGGCCGAUGACGAGCCUUUGUCGCCGUUGCAGGAGAGCAAUGGACAAUCGCCGUCGACUUUUAACAUGACUGAUAUCGUAAAUGGGCUAAAUAGCAAGGAUCCGGUGCGCGAAUUCGAAAGUGUGCAAGCGGCAAGGAAAAUGUUGAGCAAAGAACGGAAUCCGCCGAUUGACACGAUGAUCGGGCAUGGCGUUGUUCCGAUUUUUGUCUCGUUUUUGGAGAGAUUUGAUAAUCCAAAAUUACAAUUCGAAGCUGCUUGGGCGUUGACAAAUAUCGCAUCAGGCACGUCGGAGCAAACAAAUGCCGUCAUCCAAUCAGGCGCCGUGCCAAAAUUCAUCGCGCUUCUCAUGUCGCCGGAGCAAAAUGUCGCCGAACAAGCUGUCUGGGCCUUGGGUAACAUCGCCGGAGAUGGUCCCAAUGCUCGUGAUUUCGUACUUUCGCACAACGUUGUCGACAACUUGUUGCGUCUCAUCGAAAAACCCAUUCAAAAUUCAUUCCUUCGCAACGUCGUAUGGCUGUGCAGCAACUUGUGCCGUAACAAAAACCCGCAUCCGCCUUUCGAAAAAAUCAAACCGUUGUUGCCUGUGCUCGCAGAGCUGCUCAAACACACUGACGACCAAAUUUUAGCGGAUUCCUGUUGGGCCCUGUCGUACGUUACGGACGACGAGGCAGAUAAAAUUCAAGCUGUCGUCGAUUCGGGAGCUGUUCCGUUGCUCGUGAACCUUCUGGAUUCCGAAAAUGUCGCCAUUAUCACGCCAACUUUGCGUACAGUUGGAAAUAUCGUCACUGGAAAUGACGUUCAAACAGAUGCCGUGCUAAAUGCGAACGUUUUGCCUCGUUUAGCGAAACUUUUGGAACACAAAAAACCCGCAAUCGUUAAGGAAGCGGCAUGGACUGUCAGUAACAUCACCGCUGGCAAUCAAGAUCAAAUCGGAUAUGUCUUGAGCAGCGAUGUCAUGGCUAAUUUAGUAAAAGUUCUCGAUUCGGGCGACUUUAAGAGUCAAAAAGAAGCAGCUUGGGCCAUCACAAAUACCACAACCGGCGGCAGCACUGAGCAAAUUAUCUAUUUGAUCGAAAAAUUCCCCGUCAUGAAGCCAUUCUGUGACUUACUCGAGUCGACAGACGCUCGCACGAUCAAAGUUGUCUUGUCGGGAUUGGAAAAUUUGUUCAAAUUCGCUGAGAAAAUCAACGGGGUUGAGAAUCUUUCGAUGCUCAUUGAGGAAAUUGGCGGUUUGGAUAAGCUGGAGAAUCUGCAGAGUCACGAGAACGAGGAUAUUUACAAGUCGUCGUUUGCCAUUGUCGAUAAAUACUUCAGUGAUGGCACGCAGGAGGAAGAGGGAUUGGCGCCUGCCGAGGAAAAUGGACAAUUGACGUUCAAUCCGACGGCAAAUGGCACCGAUGGCACAAAUAAUUUCAAUUUUUAAAAUUUCCAGUUAAUUUAUUAUGAAAGAAAAAAAAACGUCUCAUUCCCUGUAUUAUUAUUUGAAGUGAACUGAAUGGGAAAAUUGUUGAAUAAAACUAAUUUUGAUACAAAAAUUUAA